AAUCCCAGCAGCAGCAGCACCAGCAAUCCCAGCAGCAGCACCAGUAAUCCCGGCAGCAGCAGCACCAGUAAUCCCAGCAGCAGCACCAGUAAUCCCGGCAGCAGCAGCACCAGUAAUCCCAGCAGCAGCACCAGUAAUCCCAGAAGCAGCAGCACCUGAAAUCCCAGCAGCAGCAGCACCAGUAAUCCUAGCAGCAGCAGCACCAGUAAUCCUAGCAGCAGCAGCACCAGCAAUCCUAACAGCAGCAGCACCAGCAAUCCUAACAGCACCAGCAAUCCUAGCAGCAGCAGCACCAGCAAUCCUAACAGCAGCAGCAGCAGCAAUCCUAGCUGCUGAGUUCCAAUUGUCUCGCACUUGA